AUGGACCGUCUGUACAAAUACCUGAGCCACCGCAGGAACGGCGGCGAGGGGGGUAAGCCGGAGUACCGGGCGCCAUACAUGAUGCCUGGCGUCAUCCUGCUCAGCUUCGGCGUCAUCCUCUACGGCUGGGCGGCGGAGUACACGCUCCCCUGGCCGGUCGUCGAUGCCGGGGCCGCGGUAUUCGCGCUGGGAAGCAUAAUGGUGAUAUAG